AUGACGAUUACCGCCUCAGGCGCUGCUGGCCUUCCGCCGACCGGCCUGCCUGAGGGAGCUCUGCGCGUGCACAAUGCGGGGCGCGGCAUCCCCGUGGCCAAGGCGACCGCCGCGGUGCACGGCGCAGGGGUGGCCGGCACCUGGCUCCCGCAGGUCUGGCGGCGCAACAUGUCCGUCGUCGAGCCGCCCGAGCUCCUCCCGCUGCCGCACUCCGCCGCAUCUGACUACACGCGCGCUAACCCUACCCCUACCCCUAACCCUAACCACUCCGACGCCUCUGACUACGCGCGCGCGCCGCCGCGGCCCGCCUCCCGACACCGCAGCUCGCGACUCUCACCAGCUCCCCUCUGCAGGCGCGUGACGCUGCUCCCCGACUACGCGCGGCUGCUCGGCGAGGGUGGCGCGCAAGGAGGCGGCGGCCAGGGAGGGCUCGCGGAGGGCGGCGGCGCGGAGGGCGGCGGCGGGCUGGACGCGGACACGGUGGCGCUCCUCUGCCGGCGUGUCCCGCGAGGGCAUGGCGCUGCUUCCCGCCUCCUCGAGCCGCCCGACCUUCCCCGGGUGCCGGGUAGGCGCGUCCACGAGGCGGCGGCGUGCGCGCACCCCACCGCGCGCGUCUCGCUCAACGGCGUCGCGCUCGAGGUGGAUGGGUUGCGCGGCCUGAUGCGGCGCUACCCCGCCUCUGAUGCGGCGCUCGCAGCGGGCGGCGGCAGCGCCCUCGUCCGCCUCUCCCCCCGCUGGCAGCUGGGGGUGGCGGCGGCGCCUGGCGGCGGCGGCGCGCACGUGAGCUUCGUCAACGGCGUCGCCACCGCGCGAGGCGGCACGCACAUGGACCACAUCGAGCGGCAGCUGCUGCGCGGGCUCGCGGCGCGGCUCGCGGCCAAGGGCGAGGAGCCGCUCCCUCCGGCGGCGCUGCGGCCGCACUUGCUCCUCUUUGUCGACGGGCGGGUCGAGGACCCCGAGUUCGACUCGCAGGCGAAGGAGCGGCUCACCUCGCCCGCCGACCGGUGGGGGGGCGGCCCGCCGCCAGAGGUGCCGGCCGCCUUCCUCUCCGAGGUGGCGAACCUCCCGUGGCUGCGCUCGGCCGUCGCCGAGGAGCGGCGGGCGCGCGACGCGCGGUCGCUUGCGCGCGCCGUCCGCAGCCGGUCGCGCGGCGGCACCAACCUCAGUAUCGAUAAGCUCGACGAUGCGGAGCUCGCGGGGACGGCGCUGGCGCGGGAGUGCACGCUCAUCGUCACCGAGGGCGACUCCGCCAAGGCGCUCGCUGUGGCGGGGCUCGAGGUGGUGGGGCGCGAGAGGUGGGGCGUCUUCCCGCUCCGGGGCAAGCUGCUCAACGUGCGCGGCGCCUCGCUCGCGCGCCUGCUCAAGAACGAGGAGCUGGUGCAGCUGAUGCGCGCCCUCGGCCUCUCCCCCGGCGCCAGCCCGACCGCCCUCACCGGCGCUGGCGACGGGGCGCAGAGCGUGCCCACCCUGCGGUACGGGCGCGUGAUGCUCAUGACCGACCAGGCACCCCCCCCCCCCUCCCCCCCCCCCUCGUACCCUCCCCCCCGCGACUUGCCCCCUCCCUCGCGCCGCAAGGACGAGGACGGCGCGCACAUCAAGGGCCUGUGCCUCUCGAUGCUGCACCACUACUGGCCCGCCCUCCUGCACGAGGCGCCCUUCGUCGAGGAGUUCAUCACGCCCCUCGUCAAGGCGACGCCGAGCGCCGGCGCCGGCGCGGCGCGCGACUUCUUCUCCGCCGCAGAGUUUCGGCGCUGGCACGGGUCUCUGUCGCCGGCCGAGGCUGCGCGGUGGCGGAUCAAGUACUACAAGGGGCUCGGCACCUCGACCGCCGCCGAGGCGCGCUCCUACUUCGACGCGAUGGCCCGUCACCGGGUGGCGCUCGAGCCCGGGGACGCGUCCGCCGCCGACGAGCUGCUGGACAUGGCCUUCCACCCGGCGCGCGCUGCGGACCGCAAGUCGUGGAUGCAGGCCGCCAUCGAGCGGCGCACUCGCUCCGAGGCGGACUUUGAGGCGGAGGGGGUGGCGGAGGAGGUGGUGGCGGAGGUUGCGGAGGCUGAGGCGGAGGUGGCGGAGGCGGAGGCGGAGGCGGCCGCCGAGACGGUGCUCGACGCUUCCUCCGCCUCCUCCGUGGGGCCGCCGCCGGUGGCGACGAGCACCGAGCAGCUGCGCGCCAUGACGCUCCCGCAGCUCCGCGCUCGCGCUCGGGCGCUAGGAGUGGCGCCGCUCCCGCGCUCCAAGCGGCAGCUUGUCGAGGCGGUGGAGUCUGCCAGCAGCGUGCCCGCCACGCAGGCGACGCUUCGCCGCCGCCGCUCCUUCGAGCAGUUUGUGCAGCGCGACUUGGCGCGCCGUUGCCGCUCACGCCGGUCCAGGGUGCUCUUCUCGCUCGCCGCGCUGCGCCGCUCCCUGCCUUCGCUCGUCGACGGGCUCAAGCCGUCGCAGCGCAAGGUGCUGCACGCGUGCUUCCAGCGGCGGCUGGCUGCGCCGGCCGAGCUCAAGGCGAGCGGUGGCGCAGCUGACAGAACCACGAAACUGCUAGAGGAGGCAAAGCUCGGCCGUCUCUGCUCGCGCAGGCGCGCGCUACCCCCUCCCGACCGGAGCACGGCCGACGCGACGUCGCUCGUCGCGACCAUCACCAAGAUGGCACAGGGCUUCGUCGGCGCCGCAAACGUGCCGCUGCUCGAGCCGCUCGGCCAGUUCGGCACGCGCGCGAUGGGCGGCGCGGACGCAGCCUCGGCGCGGUACAUCUUCACGCGCCUCGCGCCCGUGGUGCCGCUCCUCUUCCCGGAGGCCGACGCGCCCGUGCUCGAGCCGCGCGUCGAGGACGGAGAGAAGGUCGAGCCUGAGCACUUUGCGCCGCUGCUGCCGCUCCUGCUCAUCAACGGCGCGGCGGGCAUCGGCACCGGGUGGUCCACGGCGGUGUGGCCGCACCACCCCCUCGCGGCGCGCGGCUUCACCGGCUCCUUUGUGCCCCACCGGAAGGGAGGCGGCUUCGAGUCGGUGGGCCGGGUCGAGGUGACGGCGGAGGGGGUCGAGGUGCUCGAGCUGCCGCUCGGCCGCUGGACGCAAGACUACAAGAGCUGGCUCAUCGAGCAGCAAAAGAACGAGGGCUGCCCUUGGCGAGCGCCCAGGCGCAGGCUCCGUGCCCCCUCGCCGCAGUCGUCAGCGGCGAAGCGGUCGGUCCAUUUUGUGUUGCACGCGUCGGCGGCGCAGCUCGACCGGCUGGGCCGCGAGCCGGAUCUGACACGGAGGCUUGGCUUGCGCGCGAGCCACUCGCUCACAAACAUGCACGUCUUUGAUGAGCACGGCGCGCUGCUCCGGCUGCAGAGCGCUGGCGAAGCGAUCGCACGCUUCGUGCCCGUCCGGCUCGCGACCUACGAGGCGCGCGCUCCUGCGCGCAAGGCGUACCAGCUCGAGUCGCUCGGCCGGGAGCUGCGCCGGCUCGAGGCGCAGGCGCGCUUCGUAGCUCUGGUGGCGGGCGGCACACUCCGGCUCAACACGCCGCGCUCCGAGGUGGAUGCGCAGCUCGCCACGCUCGGCUUCAGCGCGACGGACCCCGGCGGAGGAGGUCGCGCCGAGCCGAGGGGGCGGCGAGGGUCGGACGACGCGGAGGCGGGCGGUGCUGCCGGCGCUCCCUUUGACUACUUGCUGCGGCUGCCGUUGGCCGGGCUCACCGAGGAGCGUGUCGCCAGACUCGAGGCGCUCUCGCACGCGCGAUGCGAGACAGUGCGCAGCGAGAUGGCGGAGCUCGGGCCAAUGUCUGCCAGGGGGAUGUACGAGGAGGAGUUGGCUGCGCUUCGCCCCAGGCUCGCCGCCAUUUUGGGCGAGGAGGCAGCCUACGACUCGCCGGCCGAGGGAGACUGGGGGUAG